CACUGUAGAGAGAGAGAGAAAGAGGGCUCUUCUAUAUAUAUAUAUAUAUAUAGAGAGAGAGAGAGAGAGAGUUAUCAUCCGUCAUCUCUGACUUACUGGAGACUUUCGGUUUUCGGGUUGGGGCUUCCAAGCCGCUUUGUGGACAAGAUAUCUUUUUUUAGAAUUUUCUUCCGCAGAGAGAUUUUGAUAUUGCGCAAGAUCAUACAUAGCGAAGACUUUGCGACGGAGAAAAGGAUUUCCACGAACUUCUCUCUCUCUCUCUCCGUUCUUGCAAGAAAUUGGGAGCCUCCUAGCCUUCAACACGGGCACUGUUCAUGCCAUUUACUAUUGUUCUUAGUUUUAGGACUAUCAUAGUAUAUGAUUGCAGCCAAAUAGCCUGACAACCGUAAGAAUAUGAGCACUCAGUUGACUACAAAUUCCCGACUUGUGAGAUGCCCCAUCUGUCGUGUGCUUCUGACAGAGUCGGAAAACGUUCCCGUGUACCGAUGUGGUGGAUGUAACACAAUUCUCAAAGCCAAAAGGAAAAGAAAUGGCACCAAGGACAGAGAAUCAAACAAACAAGGAAUGGACACCACCCAAAAAAAAGUGUCAGGGCCUUGUUCUGAAGUCACGAACUCUCUAAGAUCAAAUCAAGAGGAAACACUUACUCCUACUGGAGAAAUGCCAUUGGACAAACACGGUGGAAGUGAUCAAAAUGAAAUUGAAAAGGAUAUCCAUAGGCAGCAAUCUCCAGAUGUUAACUUUUCCAGUGAACUUUCUUCACAGCUCAAAUGCCAGGGGAAUGGAGGAGGGUCGCCAAAAGCCAAGGAAGAAAUAGAAGCUGAACAAGAUGAAUGUGCUGCGGAUGAAAAAUAUGGAAGCAAUCAAAACAAAUCUGGACACUGCAAUGUGAAUCAGCGUGGAGGUGUAAUUUUGGCCAAUGAAGUUGCUUCAUCAACGGGUCUUAAUCAGCCUGAGAGUGAGGAACCUUCACCAGGAUCUGGAGCUCAUCGUGAAGUGGAUGAGAAUUGUUUGGAGGAAAAUAAUAAAUGGAAUCAAAAUGAAUAUGGACAUUUCCCUGGGAAGCAAACUGGAGUUCCAGGCUAUUCUGAUGAAGUUGCUUCAUCAAGAGAACUUCAUCAUUGCAGGGAGGAGACCUUUCCAGUCGGUGGAUCUCUUUGCGAAUUGGACGAAAAUAGGAAUUGUUUAGAACAAGACAACGAAACAGAGCAAAUUGAAUCCGGAGAUUGCAAGAGGGAGUGGCCUGGAGAUGUAAAACUUUCAGAUGAAGUUUCUUCAUCGACUGAGCUUACUUGUCAGGAAAUUGAGGACUUAUCACCAAUGGUUGGAACAAUUACAGAAUUGGACAAGAACCCGAAGAGUUGUUUCAUACCAGGAAGUUCCCCUGAUAAUGCAAGAGAACAAAUUGAAUUUGAAGAUUUCAAGGAGGAGUGGCCCGGAAAUCUAAAACUUCCAAAUGAAGUUUCUUCAUCAUCUGAGCUUACUUGUCAGGAAAUUGAAGACUCAGCUCCAGGCGGAACAAAUACUGGAUUGAAUGACAACCCGAAGAGUUGUUUCAUGCCUGGAGAUGAACUUUCAUCAUCAACUGAACUUACUAGUCCGGAAAUUGAAGAGUCAUCUCCAAUGGUUGGAACAAAUACUGGAUUGAAUGAGAACUACAAGAGUUGUUUCAUAUCUGGAAGUUCCACUGAUCAUGAAAGAGAGCAAAUUGAAUUUGAAGAUUGCAAGAGGGAGUGUCCUGAAGAUGUGAAACUUUUGAAUGAAGUUUCUUCAUCGACUGAGCUUACAUGUCAGGAAAUUGAAGACUCAUCUCCAAUGGUUCCAACGGUUGGAACAAAUACAGGAUUGGACAAGAACUUGAAAAGUUGUUCCAUAUCUGGAAGUUCCACUGCUAAAGACCUGCUGGUUCUUGACAUGAUGGAUUCAGAAAACACCGCUCAGAGGUCAUCUGGUGAAAGUAUUAUAACAGAUAAUCUUAUGUCUCCUCACAUUGAACAGCCGGAGCAGUCUGAGAAAAGAACGUCCACCAGUGCUUUAGACCAUAUGAGAUCCGGUGAUGCUUCCGAUAAUAUUGCAAUAACCAAUCCAUUGUCUGGAUUCAGUGCCACGCUCCAAGAUUUGCCUAAAUCUCCUACCACCCGGAGCAGUAAUGCUUAUGAUGGCAGUGUCUCUUCCUAUGAUGGGACUGAUGAUCAAAUCCCUCGCAAACAUCUUCAUCUAUCGAGCAGACAAGUUAUGAAGGCUGGGUAUUUGGAUGCCAGAAUGACGCCGAGAUCCAGAAGGGGGGAGCUUACGCCUAAGAUUACCAGUGGUCACGCAGAAAAGCAGCAUAAUGCUUGGGCCGCCUCAUCAAUUUCAUUGGAAAACAAGAAACAUGCCAUGAAAGGCAGAAAAUGGAAUCGGGAUGACUUUCUGGAAGCCAGGAGACAUGCCCAUACCAUUAGGAGCAGAAUGAAUUUUGAGACACACGAACAUCUGCCUAGGGUGCCCCUUCAUUUAAGAAGUCCCUUAGUUGACUAUGAAAACGGGAACCCUUCAAGUUAUGGAAGGAGUGCGUUCGUUUGCAGUACAAGCCUUCAUCCUCCUAACGCAACUGAGUACCCUGAACAGGAGAAAAUGGAACUGUUAAAGAUGGUUUAUGAAUUGCAGGAUCAGCUUAAAAAAGUACUUAUUUCAAAAGAGAAGGCAAAUGGAAGAUAUCCUGGAGUUACUGGAAAGGGAAAGCAGGUACCGUCUUACUACACCAGCCUAUCACCAGAGUCGGAAAUGAUGUAUGAUGGCUUGUGUUGUGCUAACUAUCCUAGAAGAUGCCACCAUGGAAAAUUUUGCCCCUGUCAAAGUCGAACCUCACUACAACCUUUCUCAGCAGAGGCCACAAUUGGCAGGUGCCAAGGGGAACACUCCUGUUUUCAUUGCCGUCCACAAGAUUGGCGGUAUUCAGCACCACUGCCUCCGCACAAUGUCUAUAUGAAAAGCCACUGCACUACCCACCCCAGUCCAAGAUAUCACAGUCUCUACGCCUAUAGUCCAUCGAGCCCCCGACACUAUGUAGGGUCUGAAUGUUCCUUACAGAGCUACGAUGCUAGGUCUGAUAAUCAUUCUCACAUGCAUCACGAGGAGAAGGGAUAUUACGAGGAGAGACAUAACUUAGUGAAGAGACAUGUCAGACCCGUCUCAGGUGGAGCCCCAUUCAUUGUCUGUUACCAUUGCGGGGAGCUGCUGCAUCUACCUGCAGAUUCUCUCCUCUUCAACAGGAGAUACCAUCAACUGAAGUGCGGUGUUUGCUCGCGUGUACUGAAGUUUUCAUUUCAAAAUAGGGCUCGUAUAGUUCCAUAUACUGAGUACACUCCAAGCGCUAGAGCUCCUCCACCUAGUGAGGUUGAUUACCCCGGUGAUGCUGCCAAUGGAGGGGCGUUGGCGUCAGCAUCUUAUGUUCCAAAUGCAGAUCUGGUCUCGUGCUCAGAUGAUUAUGGGUCAUCAUUCUGCAAAAGUGGCUCCACUGAGGGGGAGAUCUCUGCUGCACUGCCAUCCCACACCCACGAAACCUAUUCUAAUGAUCGAAGGAUAUCAUCUUGUAGUUCUUUGGAUCAUAUAAAAGAGAGAAAGCGGCCCGUGUUCAGAGAGUCUUUAAACAGAUACUGGGAUCCUGUGCAAACAUUUGAUGGGCCUUCCUCAUCCAAGGCGGGUAAAUUAUCCUCAGAGAUUGAGGAAUUGCCUAGAGCAAGUUCGCCACUUUAUAGGCUCAUGGAAUAUUCCUCCCCAAGAGAAGUGAUGAAUAGCUGACGAGUUACACAAUAGAACAAAAGACUCAGGUGCAGAAACUCGUACAUUCUGGGGACUAUCCUGGGAUUCUUAAUUUGUAUACUUGGAAAACUUUUGCCGAGGCUGUGGAUUAUUAAUGUAUAUAGUGAUGCAACGAAUUUUCCUGGAGGAACAUUAGAAUGGCAACAUUGGUUAGCUCAUUAUUGAGGAAUGUAGAGUGAUGGUCGAGUAAAUGAAGGCCCAAUUAAAGAGUGAACUUUCAGAAAAUUGGAUUGGGUUAAGUCUGAUGCCAAGUCCCGGUUCCUUGUUCUUCACAUUGUGUACAGACCAAAGAAAAACAGGUUACUUUCAGAGCAAGGGAGACGCCGAACCCGAUUGUUGUUGUAUGAUUUACUUAUUGGUGUCCAUUGCACCCACCGGGAUGUAAAAAACUGCUCUGUUUUUGACACAGCCUUUCCCAUCUAAAGUGAAUUAUUCUCCUAGUGUUGUGUUUGUUAUUGACACCAAAAGAAGCCACCAAGCUUAAGGUUUCCAUCUACUACCAUUCUUAUUCUUUU